CUGUGGGUCACAUGUUGUCUCAGGUGCAGAGCUGCCUGCUCUCCACCCAGCCGGUGCCUGCAGCCCGGCUGCCCUGCAGAGUGAAGGUGUCUGCUGGGAAACGCUAUGCCUGGUGUGCCUGUGGACACAGUAAGAAACAGUCACUCUCAAAUCGUAGAGCGACACCCGCCUCCUGAUUGGCUCAGCGGCUGACAUGUGACACAGGAAGUGGAUUUCACUGAUCGGGUCGGUCGCAGCUGUCAGACCGUGAAAUGUUUGUGUGUAAUCGCCUGUUGUGUUAUUGUUGUGUGUGUGUGUUUGACUGAGCUCUUACUCUCUACACAGCUCAGACUGGUGCCGCCUCUCCCUGAGUGUCUGUGUGUGUGUGUCUGUGAGCAGCAGCAGUGUCAGUGGUGGAGUCCCAUCUGUCAGGGGAGGCAUCAUGAACUCGCUGGUGACCAAGUUAGAUCACAUGUGGAUCAGCUUCACCUUCAGACAACCUCGGCUCCCGUCUGCAGCGGCUCCCAAGGUGCAGCUCUCCACCCUCCCUCCGGAUCCUGUCAUCCCCUCUAAGAAGCCUUUCAAAGUGGAGCUGGUUGGUGGAAAGCGUUAUUCCUGGUGCACCUGUGGGCAAAGUAGGAAACAGCCUUUCUGUGAUGGAGCCCAUAAACUGAAAGCCCCGGGCCUGACCCCGCUACGUUUUGUUCCAGAGAAGGACACCGCUGCUUGGUUGUGCGGCUGCAAAUACACCAACAACCCACCGUACUGCGAUGGCACGCACAAGCAGGACUUCAUUGUAUCUGCAACACUACACGAGCAAAGUGACUCGUAAACCAGCAGGAUCAUUGCCAAAUGAUUUUUGGUUUUGGUUAUAAACCUCCUGCUGGUCAAGGAGCAUUUACUUUACACAUUUUUUGCACAUCAGUAUGGUCCUUGAACACAGCUCACAUGACAUGAUCUGCCAUGUCGGGUGUCUGAAUAUUCUCAGUAUUUCAAGCACUACAUGGGAUGUAUUCUGGGAAAGAUUUGUGAAGUAAAUCUAGGGAAUGGUGUACCUGAAGAAAAGUGUCUCUGUCAGCUAAACACUGAUGUAUGUGAAUGAAGCAAUUUAUGAAUUCAUCCUAUAGAGACAAAGGCAGGGUGUAACUCUGUUUUCUCUUAUAUCCGUUUGGAUAUGUGUUCAUAUGCUUUUCUUUAUUGAAAUGAAAUGCACUGCAUAAACACUGAACUGUCAGAUUGUCCUACCAGUAAAUAAGUUCCUACUGUAUCCACCAAUAAAUACUACAUCUUUAUAA